AUGUCGCAACAUAAUUACGUUGAAGAGGCUAUCAAAUUAGCUGGAAGACGUGAAGACUACCUCGUACGAAAAGAGAAGUAUGAAUCUCGAGCUGGGAAGAGGCUUUCAAAGAUCUCAAAGGAGCUGUAUGGAAGAAAGGCCAUAAUAUUCCAUGAAAAGAGAAGAAAGGAGAAGAUACAGCUAAAGAAAGAGAAGAUGCAGACGGAGAGGAAGCAGAAGAAGGUUGCACAGGAAGAAAUAGCAGAUGGUGCAAUCCCUGCAUACUUGCUUGAUAGAGAAAAGCAGGCGGCUAUACAGGCCAUAACCACACAGCUAAAGGAGCAGAGACAGAAUAAAGCAGGGAAGUACACUGUGCCGGUUCCACAGGUAAGGGGAGUAUCUGAAGCAGAAGCUUUCAAAGUCAUGAAGACUGGAAAGAGACAGAAAAACGAGUGGAAGAGAGUUGUCACUAAGCCGUGCUUUGUUGGGGACAACUACACAAGAAAGCCUCCAAAGUUUGAAAGAUUCAUCAGACCAACUGGUCUUCGAAUGAAAUCUGCUAAUAUCACACACCCAGAAAUGAAGUCUACAUUCCUUCUCCCUAUAAUGGGAGUCAAGCAGAACCCAAACUCUCACUUAAUGACAACACUCGGACUCCUUACAAAAGGUACUAUUAUAGAAGUUAAUACAAGUGCAAUUGGAAUGGUCUCUGAGUCUGGAAGAAUUAUUUGGGGUAAGUACGCGCAGAUAACAAAUAAUCCAGAAAAUGACGGAUGCGUGAAUGGAAUACUCUUAGUAUAAUGCAUACUGCAACUGUUUCUUCUGAAAUACCAAAUAAAUCAU